UCGCAGAGCACGCAGAAAGGUGUCUAUCAGAAAUCGAACGGUAUCUUGGCAUCCAAGUCGGCUAGACUCCAGCAUGUUCCCUUCUUAAAUGUGUGUACGGAGUUCUUGUUAUGCCUUCGUUCUUACAUAAUUUGCUGACAUCAGACCUGUUGAGUUAAGGUUUUGAAUCAAAGCCAGCAGACCUUUGAGGGAAACUGAUCGAAAGCACUUGAGAGGAAGUGAUAAGGAUAUUUUCUAGUUUGGUGCGUUGAACAGUCGUGCACUGAACAUUGUCUAAUUAUUGUUCAAAGAUUUCCGAUAAUAUUUUUUAUUUCAGGAAAAGUAGCGCGGUGUAGAUGCAAAGCCGGAAAGUUUCACCGGUUCCGUCCUCAGAUCUUUAGUGCAACUCCCUAAUAUUAAUCUUCAGUUCUCGAAUUUAGUUUAUAUUGUAAAUUGUUAAUGCUAAGUUUAUUGCUUAUUGUUUACUUUUUUUCUGAAGAUCAGCUCAAAGUUGUUAAUGCCGCAUACAACUCCCUUCUGUAAUAGUUAAGAGACUUAAGGCUAUUUUAUUACGACUGACGUGAUCUAGCGCAGAAAUGAUCGGAGACAGAAACGAUCGAAGGCAUUUUCAUGGGUGAGAAACAGCUCUAACUUGAAAGAGCAUAUCUCUAAGCACUCAACUGAACGAAACAAACUUCACCCAAAGAAGACGUCAGAUUUUAUGAUCCAGGUAUUUCAGAAAUUUACUCCAAAUUUUCAUUACAACUCGGCUAAGGUCUUUGUUGCAGAUUACUGAGAAAUUAGCAUUCGCCAUAACAGGAAAUUCUCUUUGGUCAAGGUUGAUUUCUGUUAUUCUGUAAUUAUGCAAAGAAACUGCAACAGGACUCAUCAUUAAACUUUAAUAGCAUGUUUUGCUUUGAGCGUGAUGUUCCUUCAAAAUGCGAAAUGUCGUACACUCGAAUUUAAAAAUAAAAGAGAUAAGCGAUAUUGGAGCAUAAAGUUUUGUUCUUUGUUGGGAUCUCUGACCAAUAAAAGAGGGAAAAUGUUUGAAAUGUUCACGGCGAAUGCUUAUUUCAAUCGAGUUUUGUAUAUUCAUGGAGCGGGCUGCUCUAAAUUAAUUCUUUUUUCUAAAGUUUUCCUUACGUCACGCUUUUAUAUCUUAAAUGGUGGCUUAAGAUUAACACAUAAAUGGCGGUGAGUUGAACAACAAUUCUUUUUUACAGUAUAUUAAGCACUUGUAUUGAGCACUUUUUGUCCAAUAUGUAAAAUUUUGCGCCUGAAGUCGCCCUAUAUAAGCCUCGCCACGGGGGGCACUUUGAAGCUAUUUUGAGCUAAAGUGCUCGCUAUAAAGAAUUGUUAUUCUUCCAGAGAAAAUACUAUUGAAAUUACAGCUCCAUAGGAAGAUUACAGGAGGCCAAAGGGAAAAAAGCCAAAGGGAAAAAAGUCAAAAUGGCGCGUGGCACUGUGUUGAAACCGUGGUAUCAGUCAAAAACAUUAACGAUUUUGGUGGUGCUCUGGGCACUUUUUACUGCUUGUCUUGGAAUCAUGAUCGUGGUGAUCUUUGUACAGCCUCACUGGAUCAGUGGAAAAAUUUCUCCAAAUGAUAAGAGCGUAAAUUUUGGCCUGUACCGUAACUGCAGCGACAACCUCAACGAAUGCACCGGCAGCCUAAACGAAUUUGCAAACAUUUAUUCGACAGCUUGGCAGGCUUGUACGGUUUUCGUCGCUUUGGCUUUUACCUCCACGUUUAUCUCCGUAGCAAUGAUGUUGUUGUACUGGUUAUGUUGCUUCGAGUCUUCGCGCAUCGGUUUUCGCACUAGCAGUGGACUACAAGCCUCAGCGGGCCUCUGUAUGUUACUCACUUGUCUAAUACAUCCCGUUGGAUGGGAUAGUCCCGAAGUACAAGCGGUCUGCGGUCCUCAGUCUGGUGUGUACAAAAUUGGGGACUGCAAAGUAAACUGGGCCUACUGGAUAGCAGUGAUUUGUAUGGCAGAUGCAUUUGUGCUUAGCUACCUCUCCCUCAUGUUCAUCGAGCGGGAGAUUAAAACCCCAAGCGUGACGAAUAGGAAACGAUCAAAUGGAACAAACGCAGAAGACUACUCCCGCAACGGGAGAAUGGCGUCCCAUGGGUAUUACAAUCAAGACACGACAACGCUGUAACAUGGGAAGAUAUCAUUAGCGCGGCCUAAACAACGAAACAUUGAUGUAAUAUUUUUUUUUUUGUCAAUUAGUGUGAGUAGCGUUUGACGAAGAGCAAAAAGUUUUGUUGAGAGCAGAUUGAAAUAUAACGUUAAAGUGAAUUACGAGUAAGUAAAUUGAAAUUUUGAACUGAUAACUCAUUUUUAUCUCUGAUUUACGCUUGUAAUAUAUAUCUUGUUUACUACUAGAACUGGUUAGCAGGGUGUUAGCAGGGGACGUUAAAGAACCCACACACUUAUCGCAUAGAGUAAGAAACGUAACUCCGGAUGUUGUGGUCUGGCCUUGGGGUCAUUAUUUAUACAAGCCCCUAUUAUUACGACAGGGACUCGUUUGAGCUGCAACGUGGGCGAACUCUGGAAAAGAAAAAUGAUGUUGCGCAACUUAUCUGUGCAACAUCUUAUCAAGAGCAUAUGAUAUGCACCAGCUUGGCUGUAACAUUUGCGCUAUAUAGUUGAGAUAGAAUCAAUACGAAAAACCGUUUUCUUGUUCCAAAUAUUAAACAAGCGUAAACUUUAAUGCGGUUUAUAAAUCCUUCAUUAUUUCAAAAAGCCAUAACAUUUAGCCAUACCUUGUGGAUAAAGCUCAUGUUAUUGCAUUGUACUAAAUGUCCUAAAUGAAUAAGGAAUUCUUUUCUUGUUGGGUUCAUUAUUAAACAUAUUCACAUUC